AUGAAGCCUGGCCAACCGGCCUCUUGCCUGUCUGGCUUCCUGCCCACUUGGCCGCAUGUCCCCGCGGCCUCCGGCCCACCUGGCUUCCUGCCCGCCCAGACCCCUGCCCACCCGUCCCCAUGCCCUUCUGUCCCCAUGCCCACCUGUCCUCCUGCCCGCCUAUCCCCCUGCCCACCAGAACUUCACCCCACCCGUCCCCCUGCUCACAUGGACCCCUGUCUGUCUGUCCCCAUGUCCGCCUGGACCCCUGCCCGUCCAUCCCCAUGCCCAUCUGGCCUCCUGCCCACCCGUCCCCAUGCCCACCUGGACCCCUGCCUGUCCAACCCCAUGCCCGCCUGGACCCCUGCCAGUCUGUCCCCAUGCCCGUCUGGUGUCCUGCCCACCCGUCUCCAUGCCUCCCCUGGCCUUCUGCCCACCCGUCCCCAUGCCCACCUGGACCCCUGCCCGUCCGUCCCCAUGCCCGUCUGGUGUCCUGCCCACCCGUGUCCAUGCCCCCAUGGCUUCCUGCCCGCCCACACCCUACAUCCUCCUGGAUCCCUGGCUGCCCAUCCCCAUGCCCGCCCGUCCCCAUGCCCUCCUGUCCCCAUGCCCUCCCGGCCACCCGCCUGA